CUUUAGCAUUUCCGCGUCUUUUUUUUUCUCUUGUUAAAGCAUGUCUGCACUGCAAAAGGAAUUAUUUAGAAAGAGCAAACAUCAGAACUUAGAUCUGGAAUCUGCCGAGACACCAUUGUCAUCUAAUGAUACAAAAGUUGAAGAGCAACGAGAAGAAGAAGAUUGUGAUACUUUGGCAGAAUUGAACGGAGGAUUAUCGUCACCUUCGCGUGCCAGUAUGCCCGAUCGUAUGAAGAAUAAAUAUGCACCCGUCUCGUGGAACACGUAUUUUGAAAGUUAUCAAGAUGUAACCAUCCCAGACACAUCCGAUAUAUCCUUUUUUUUUUUGUUUUGUAACAACUUAGCCUUGGGGUUGUCAUCAUAAAAUCAUAAACCACAGCAAAAUCCUUGACUCUUGCAACUUUUACACAACACACUUUUCGGGUGUAUAGGAUAGAUGCGUCUUCUAACAACAAUAAGGCGUAUCCUGUAUUUGUGCUUCAUCAUGGAGCAGGCCAUUCAGGCUUAUCGUUUGCAUUGACAGCGCAUCAUAUCAAGCAGCAAACCGAAGGACAGUGCUCAAUUGUAGCCAUUGACGGCCGU